AUGGCGGCUCUGGCACGGAGUCAAGUCUUUUGGGUCUCUUACCAGCCUGCGGCGGAAGAAUCGUUUGACGAUGUUCUUGAGUUGGUGGACAACGUCACCCCUGGUCAACCCGCCUUUUGGGCUGGCGAAGUGGACCGUGCUGGCAUUCGAGCAGUUGACGUGGUCAUCUGCACUCCAAGGAGACAGAGGGUCGGCAGCGUUUGUAAUGCAGCCAAGUGGAAGCGCAAGGGGGCGCGUGGAGACAUACACGAUGCGAAAUGGCCGGAGACGGGCCAGACACCCCAUUCCUUUUUGAGCAAAUGGACGGAUGCCAUGUCAAAGGAAUUCCAGCACCGGGAGGCUGGAUCGAGAAAGGACCUUUUUCGCCAUCUCGACGCUCACUAUCAAAAGGAGAGGCAACGGGACAAGAAACGACGGGUGGGUCGUCAAUUGCGUCGCGGACGCGGCAAGCCUUCUUCUUCCCCAGAGACCGGGUCUCGAUUGCAAGCGGCCCCCACUGGUGUUGUCCAAGUGGAUGAUGGGUGUGAAUCCGAGCCGCGCUUGCCGAAUGGCUCUGCGAAGGACGAUCCAGGCCUAUCUCCACCGCGUUGGUCCACCUCACUGCACUUGCCGGCGGCGAGUGUGAUGCAGUCACUCUUGGACGAGGGUGUUCAAGCAGCUGACGAGAACUUCGUUCCAGUACCCCCCUUCGGACCAUGCCCACCGGAAUUCGACAUUGGUCUAGCGUUGCAGCAGGCCGGCGUUCUGUCUUGGGAAGACUGUUUCCCAACUCCGGACCGGGAUUGCGACUCGGUCUUGUUUGGCGAUGUAAAUGUCGAGGAUAUCAGCGUUGACCUGAACUGGACCACCAGCUUGUCUAUGGUGGACUUGCUCCUUUGA